UUGCUCUUCAAAGCGAUGUUUAAAAUAUAUAUUUUACAGGAACUUGGCACAGAGAUCCUUGGAUGCUGUAAAAAUUUUCAGACAGUUCCUGGAUGUGGAAUAAGCUGUAAUGUUAGCAGCACUGAAAUCAUAUUGGGUGAUGAGCAGGAUGUGAUCAGUCUCCGCCCUCAUAUUUAUGGCUUUGAUAAAGGUGUUAAAGAUCAGACUCCACUUCCCAAAGUAAGGGAUACUGCAGUGUCUCAAACUUACUCCGUGUUGAUUGGGAAUCGGGAGUGGAUGAGACGGAAUGGCCUGCAUAUCUCCAGUGAUGUUCAUGAGGCCAUGAGAGAUCAUGAAAUGAAAGGACAGACAGCAAUUCUGAUGGCUAUAAAUGGUGCGCUUUGUGGCAUGAUGGCAAUAGCAGACACAGUCAAGCCAGAGGCAGCCUUAGCAAUGCACAUAUUGCAGAAUAUGGGCGUGGAUGUGGUGCUUAUUACAGGAGACAAUAGGAAAACAGCCAAAGCAAUUGCAACUCAGGUUGGGAUCAGAAAAGUAUUUGCUGAGGUUCUCCCUUCUCACAAAGUAGCCAAAGUUCAGGAGCUCCAAACUUCUGGAAGAAAAGUUGCCAUGGUUGGAGAUGGGGUCAAUGACUCACCAGCGCUGGCCCAGGCUGAUGUUGGCAUUGCUAUCGGAACAGGCACAGAUGUCGCCAUUGAAGCAGCAGAUGUUGUGCUGAUUCAUAAUAAUUUGCUUGAUGUGGUUGCAAGUAUCCAUCUAUCCAGGAAGACAAUGAAGAGAAUCCGAAUAAACCUAAUCCUGGCCUUAAUAUACAACCUCAUUGGCAUACCCAUAGCAGCAGGAGUAUUUAUGCCUUUAGGACUUGUGCUACAGCCAUGGAUGGGGUCAGCUGCAAUGGCUGCAUCUUCAGUAUCCGUAUUACUCUCUUCCCUGCAGCUAAAAUGUUACAAGAAAACUGUCCUGGAAAAAUAUGAAGCUGAGGCUCAAGGCUGCAUGAAGCCACUGACUCCUUCCCAAAUUAGUGUCCAUAUUGGGAUGGAUGACCGGAGACAAAAACCUCCCAAAUUAGCCACCUGGGACAAUAUCAGUCAAGUGUCUCUCUGUUCCCUGACUUCAGACAUGGCAUCAGUUGACUUGGAGGCUGAAGCAGACAAAUGGUCAUUGCUCACCAACAAUCAGGAUGAAGACCAAUAUAUUUAAAGGCUAUAAUCUGAUACUGAGCAGCAGGUUUCAAGGAUGGGACUAAGAGCAGCUUAAGAUUCUGUUUCUGGAGCAUCUACAGAGAAGUGCGUUUGGUGUGCACUGGCUGCCUGUUCUCAUUUGAAUGGAGGAGUGUACUUUCAACUGAUCCUGGUGGCUCCUGGAUUAGGUUAGGGGCUAAUUAUAAUGUGUGAUUCAAACUAUAGAGCAGUGCUUGCAUUUCAGUACCAAAUACUGAAUACCACAUGUUUAGAUCAAUAUCAGAAAAGCCAUAUACUCAUAAAGGUCAGAAUAAGAUUGUUGAAAUGAAUGAUCAGGCUGGUUAUACUUGAGGGAGGGACAUGGAGGAGAAGUAAUCAUACUCUUUAGGACAGAGGUCCCUAACCCCUGGUCCGUGGACCAACACUGGGCCGCAGCAUACCGCGCAAAGAAGUGAAGCCCCAUCUGCUGAAUGCAGGCAGCACACGAAACCACACCCCCUCUGGUCUGUGGAAAAAUCUUUCUCCACAGAACCGGUCCCUGGUGCCCAAAACGUUGGGGGCCUCUGCUUUAGGAUAUGCAGUAUAUUCAUAUUUGCAGUCUGUUUUUACUGCUUUCUCUUAAAGAAGACAAAAUAAAAGAGAAGCACAAAACCUUCAGGCUUAUUCAUAUCAUGUGCAUUUUAUAAUAGUGGAUCAAGCAACGUAUGGAAAGUUGUUCCAUAUAUUUUGUUUCCUCUUAAUGAUGCUGAAUCCCAUGUUCUGUAUCUCCCUCAAGUUCCAUAAAAAGGCAAAUGUUUCAUGUUUCAGAAGGCAACAAAAGUAGAGUAUUGUUAGGUGUGGCAGUUCCCUAAACAUUCUAAUAAGAAUUUAUAUUUAUCUUUUUUUAAUAUUGGAAUUAGAGCAGUGCUCCAAAUAUUGGAAAAUAGGCAUGGAAGUUUUUUUUUAAAAAAAUUAUAAUUAAACAAAUUCUAGUAAAUAAAUCCAUUCUUUUUCCUAAGUGAAAUAAAUAAACCCAUCUUUAUA